AUGAAGGGCUUCAAGAAGUUAAUCCCAAGAUUUCUGUCCAUGAAGUACCAACAAACAUCUCUCAUUACAUUCGCUAAUGCCAGCAAAGGAACGAUUGCUGCAUGUGUAUACUUACAUAGUGGAAAAUUUACUAGUCUUCUUCUUGCCAAGGAGAAACUGCCAUCACUCAAACACGACGUGACGACACCGAAAAUAGAGCUAAAUGCAAUGACUCUAGCAAUGCGGAUAACCAAUGCGGUACUAGCUCGUAACAGACUAAAAGAGAUCAGCAAGAAUGUGACCCGCAUAGAGGCCGGUGGAACUCAAGUAUUCUUCUGUCAUAUUCCAUCACAGGGGCGGGUGUAG